GCUUCAAGAUCAAGCUUUAGAGUUUAGUUAAAGAAGGAAACAAAGAAAUGGGGUAUAUGGGAAAAGAUGAAUCAGAUUUAUGGGGAAGCUUGUUGAGGCUGAUUCUGCUGUUGAGUGCUAUAAUUAGUGCUUCAUCUGCUUCUUCUCCUUUCAACAGAAGCACUUCAGAUCAGUUUAGAAGAUUCUUGCUUGACAAUGGACUUGGUCGUACGCCUCCGAUGGGAUGGAAUAGCUGGAAUCAUUUUGGCUGUCGGAUUGACGAGAACUUCAUCAAACAAACAGCUGAUGCAAUGGUGUCAACGGGUCUUGCUUCUCUGGGAUACCGAUAUAUUAAUAUUGAUGAUUGCUGGAGUGAAGCUACAAGAAACUCCCGGGGAAAUUUGGUACCAAAACGUUCAACAUUUCCUUCAGGAAUCAAAGCCCUGGCUGAUUAUGUUCAUGCCAAAGGUCUAAAACUGGGAAUUUAUUCUGAUGCUGGAACUCUAACCUGCACAAAGAAGCAGCCUGGAUCACUUGGACAUGAAUACCAAGAUGCAAAAACAUUUGCUUCCUGGGGAGUAGACUACUUGAAGUAUGAUAACUGUGAGGAUACACAUGGUCUUAGUCCAAAGAUAAGGUACCCCAUAAUGACCCGAGCUUUGAUGAAAGCUGGAAGGCCAAUCUUCUUCUCUCUCUGUGACUGGGGAAGAGAAGACCCAGCAACUUGGGCCAGAAACGUAGGAAAUAGCUGGAGAACAACGGGAGAUAUUGAAGACAACUGGUUCAGUAUGACAUCUCGUGCAGAUCAAAAUGAUAGAUGGGCAUCUUAUGCUGGACCUGGAGGAUGGAAUGAUCCUGAUAUGCUUGAAGUGGGAAAUGGAGGCAUGACAACUGAAGAAUACAGAGCUCAUUUCAGCAUAUGGGCACUAGUCAAGGCUCCUUUAUUGAUUGGGUGUGAUAUUAGAUCUGUGGAUAAAACAACAUAUGAACUACUCAGCAACAAGGAAGUUAUAGCAGUAAACCAAGACAAGCUAGGAGUUCAAGGGAAAAAGGUGAAAAGCAUCUACGGUUUGGAGGUAUGGGCUGGUCCUUUGAGUGAUUACAAGGUGGCAGUGAUCCUAUGGAAUAGAAGGUCAUCAAAAGCGAAAGUUACAGCGUAUUGGUCUGACAUAGGCCUCAAACCAGGAACCACAGUUGAUGCAAGAGAUUUAUGGGCUCACUCAACUGAAUCUUAUGUUUCUGGGCAAAUCUCAGCAUAUUUGGACCCACAUGCUUGCAAGAUGUAUGUUCUUACUCCCAAAUAUCAUGGCACUUCCUAGAUGUGUUUGUGGCUGUUGAGGAUUCCCAGAAGUGGGACAGAAAGAAAUAAAAAUGAGUGUAUUGAGUCCCUUGAGAGGUUGACUCAGUUGUCAAGGAUAAGAUGAGAUGUUAACAGUGAUUAGGGAUAAAUCAUUGAUCACUAUUUUAAAUAAAUGUGAGAAGAAACAUGAAUCCAAGAUGUAAAUUUGGUUUCAUGUGGAAAUGCAGAAAUAGAUGUGGUGUAUCAUUUAAUUUGAAUUUUAAGCUAAUUUAAGCUUCUGCCAUGUUAAUAUAAUAAGAUUUUUAAGCUCUCCAAAGCAUGUCAA